AUGAACUUUCAGGGCCUCGGAAACAACGGCGUUGUCGACCCUUGGGCUGCUCUCGGCAUACCGCCUCCAGCUGCACCCGACGCAGUGGGUGGGCAACCACAGCCAGCGCCGAACCCGCUUCUAGCCCAAAUCCAAAAUAUGCUGAACCCUGGCCUCGGUGCGAAUCCCCAACUCGCCUUCCUCGCCAUGCAACUGCUACAGGGACAACAGCCUCCUGCGCAACAGCCGCAACCCGGCCCGCAAAACCUUGACCAUCAUCAGCCGCCUACUCAACUCUCAGCGCAGCAAGCAAAGGAGAAGGUAUAUUGUGACGCACACUCGGAGAAGGUCGACGCGACGCUCGCGUUGUUCAUCAGCGCUGGCCAAAGCGCUGGCGAGUCCAAAUUCGUCGCGUUGGAGAACAUGAACGCCCGACAUGGCCACUCCUCCGACUGGUGGAAAGACUACUACCUCGUCCACCAGAGCCGUAUAGACGCCCUGGUUUCUUCGUUCAACGGUCAAGCAUGCUCAACACCGACACAACCCCUGGCGGGUCCAUCUCAAUCCUCCCACCCUUCCUCUUCAUCUAGAACGGCUAAACGCCACAGGUCACCGUCGACCUCAAGCUCUAUAAUUGACAUCACCGACGAGGUUAUCUCCACUUCGUCUGGACGAUCUCGGAAGGUUUCUCGUCGCAUACGCGAUCACGAGGAAGCGUCGUCCAGUACUGUCAAAAGUAACAAGACCGACCUCGCCGUGCCGUCAAAACUACCCACGGAACCUCCCAAAUCACCUCAGCCUGUGAAGUACCAAGAGGGCAAGUAUCGGUACACGCCCGAAGACGAGACGUUCUUCGUCGACUUAAUACUUUGGCAUGCGAAGAUGUCUCCCGACGCCAACAAGACCGAUAUCGUGCGCGACCUGGCCGAAAGAGCGCCUCAACACUCGAUAGCCUCGUGGGUAACGUUUUGGGGAAUGCACAAGGCCAGCGACAUCUUGGAACGCGGUCUGCGCAUGGCAAGGGUGGAAGCCGCUGCCCGAGCGGUGAAAACCGAGGCGCGCGAGUGGGAAUGA